AUGGUGAGCGUUGAAGAGAUCCGAAGAGCUCAGAGGGCGGAGGGACCGGCCACCAUACUUGCCAUCGGCACGGCCACGCCUUGCAACUGUGUCGACCAGAGCACUUACCCCGACUACUAUUUCCGGAUCACUAAUAGCGAGCACAUGACGGAGCUCAAGGAGAAAUUUAAGCGCAUGUGCGAGAAGUCGAUGAUCAAGAAGCGGUACAUGUAUCUGACGGAGGAGAUCCUGAAGAAGCACCCGGAGAUGUGCGAGUACAUGGCGCCAUCCCUGGACGCCCGGCAGGACAUGGUGGUGGCUGAGGUCCCCAAGCUGGGCAAAGAGGCCGCCCAGAAGGCCAUCAAGGAGUGGGGCCAGCCCAAGUCCAAGAUCACCCACCUUGUCUUCUGCACCACCAGUGGCGUCGACAUGCCCGGUGCCGACUACCAGCUCACCAAGCUCCUCGGCCUCCGCCCCUCCGUGCGCCGCCUCAUGAUGUACCAGCAGGGCUGCUUCGCCGGGGGCACUGUCCUCCGCCUCGCCAAGGACCUCGCAGAGAACAACGCCGGCGCUCGCGUCCUCGUCGUCUGCUCCGAGAUCACCGCAGUCACUUUCCGGGGCCCUUCCGACUCCCACCUCGACAGCCUCGUCGGCCAGGCGCUCUUCGGGGACGGCGCCGCGGCCCUCGUCGUUGGGGCGGACCCUGUGGUGAGCGUGGAGCGUCCCCUCUUCCAGCUGGUCUCGGCAGCGCAGACGCUUCUUCCCGACAGCCACGGCGCCAUCGACGGACACCUGCGGGAGGUGGGCCUUACGUUCCACCUUCUGAAGGACGUCCCCGGCCUCAUCUCAAAUAACAUCCACAAGAUCCUCAAGGAGGCGUUUGAACCCCUCGGGAUCUCCGACUGGAACUCAAUCUUCUGGAUUGCCCACCCGGGGGGCCCGGCCAUACUUGACCAGGUGGAGGAGAAGCUUGGGCUCAAGCCAGAGAAGCUGAAGGCCACGAGGCACGUGCUGGGGGAGUACGGGAACAUGUCCAGCGCCUGCGUGCACUUCAUACUGGACGAGAUGAGGAAGGCGUCUGCCAAGGAGGGGAUGGGGUCCACGGGGGAGGGGCUCGACUGGGGGGUGCUAUUCGGGUUCGGGCCGGGUCUCACCGUGGAGACCCUGGUCCUGCACAGCGUCCCCAUCAAUUGA